GACCUCCUGGUUCAUAGGUAAACGCUCAACCACCGAGCCAUGCGUCAUUUUCAACCUCCGGAAGCCCCAGGGUCUCAAAAAAACUCAAAGUGGCUCCAAGAUGACCUGGAGGAGAUUGCUUUAAAGAGAUGGGGCAGUCAUGUGUGUCCUUGGUCAUUUUAAAACCUGCAACUGCUUGCUUUAAUGAGGAACCAAAUAUCCAGACCUAUGGUCCGACAAAGGAGCUUUAUCAUUUAAAAAUAACCGCCAUGCGGCAGGCACUCAAUAGAUAUUCUAUUCUUACAAUCAGCUCACUAGGAGGCUUAUGAUAGUCCCAGUUUAUAGUUGAGGAAACGGAUUAGAGAGAGUCAAUGACUUGCCCAAUGUCCCAGGGCUAUAAGUGAUGACCUGGGACUGCAUACGAAGGUUAAAUGAUACGGACUUAGACAUCUAAUGUCCAGUCUCAGGUAAAUAAUAAUUCCUGGAAACAAGGGCUGUCCAAGAGAAGUGGGUGUGGCCACAAGCUACAAGACCAAAAUGGGCCAUAUCAGUUUGGGAGGCAGAAUCCACUGAGGCAUCAGGAACCUCUCACCCAUGUUUGCCUGAGGAACAGGCUGUCACCUCACAGAAAAGGAGGAGAGAAUAAGGUGGUCCUUCAACAACUCACCUCUGGGUGGGCUCCUCUGCCAGGUGUUAUGCUGACUUUUUGGUCUAGCAGGACCGGCCUUCUCGCACACUCACCUUUAGCACUGGGGGAGGGGCAACAAAAUAGAUGGGGACAGGGGGAAAUUUUAGAUCUCAAAUGUAGAAUUGGCCUAACCAGCUUUGAAACAGGGCUUUCACUAACCUGGACACUGUUGGCAAUCUGGCACCAGACAUGCAAGGAGGCCCAUCACUCCCCCACUCUAAGUACCAACUCUUUGAGCCAGACAUCUGCAAAUGCGGAAAAAAUAUGUGUUUCUUUCAGAGACUAUGAUGGAAGGUCUGAUCUUCAUGUUGGAAUAACUAACACAAAUGGAGUCGUCUAUAAUUAUACUAUGCACGGUGUCCAGCGAGAUGAAGCAGGCUGGGAGCAGAGUGUAAGUGUCCCAUUAUUGCAGCCCGGCAUGUUUGGACUGAUGGACCAGUGGGACAAGUACCUGGAAGACUUCUCCACCACGGAGGCCUGGCUGCCUCACAGGUACGAAGAAGAACACCACAACUGCUACAGUUACACCCUCACAUUCAUUAACUGCGUUCUGGCCACAGAAGGCAAGGAGCAACUGGACAAGAACGAGUUCACCGAGAAGUUUGUGGUCCCCAGGACCAGGAAGGCUUCCAAGUACAUCACGCUGUACCGGGCGGUAGAGGAGCAUGGCUUCUACGUGAUCGACCACCCGCAUCAAGAGCCGAGUCCUCCUCCGGGGAGUGGUUUGUGCUGAGUGCGCCGUGUAAAAGCAGAAGGGACAGGAUAUUUGGGGGUGACU